CUCCCUUGGGCAAGCUGCAAAUAUUUGCGCCCAUCGUAUCUCUCGAAAGUUAUCACGUUUUCGCCCUCAGAGUCCCAGGCAAUCCUGCUCAGGGGUGCGCUUCUCGCACCGCCAUGACGAAACCCCAGAAACCUCAACCUGGAUGGCCUGCACGUAUCGCAAAACGGACGAAGAAAGGCAUCGAAGGACGAAUUGCGCAAGGACAGCAGCGUGCGACUCGUCAGAUUCCGGAUGUCAUCGUGAACCCUCUGGCACCGCUACCGGACGAGCUCAUCUUGGAGAUAUUCGAACAACUUAUUCGAUUAUGGGAGUUAGGGAGCAGAGGAACUAUGCGGAUCGUCCCAGCAACUACCUUCGCGGCCCUGGCCUUGUCGUGCCGAUACCUCUACCCGUUCGCUAUGAGGUUCUUAUACUCUACAUACCAUGCGUCAUUGGAAGCACCACUCAUCUCCUUCCUGAGAACAAUAGCUUCUCAGCCGCACCUGGUAAUGCGCAUAAAGGACAUUCAAACGACCGAUCUCCGAGAUGACGAUUAUUUUGAUGGUUGCACCCUCAGCAGGACCACGGAAGCCAUGGCGGCGGAGAUACAGCCUUGUAAUAGUCCGACGGUGGUUGGGUCACGCCUCUUAUCAAGAGUUGCCGAUAGUGUUGGAUCCUAUUGUCGAGUUCUGCAAAAAGUUGCCUGUUGAGCCAACCCAGGCGUACGAUUACAAAAAACUGCGACGUCUUGACAUUCGGAUGAGUGGCUUAUGCCUAGCGCUUCAAGACUUCGCUUACAACGACGCCUUGAUUGCGCGUGAGAAGCGGUUACAAUGGCCAGUGUCCCCCGGCACCUCUGGACUGCAGAAAGUUUACAUACUCAGUUCCACAAUCCCAUCUGAC